AUGUCUGUCUCCAUACAGGAGCUGGACACCACUGUCCAGGCAUUUUACGAGGGCAAAGGCGAUUUGCAAAAACAAGCCCAACAGACUCUAACCGAAUUCAAACAAAAUCCGGAUGCCUGGUUAAUUGUGGGAAAUAUACUUCAAGAGUCACAAUACCCACAAACCAAAUACCUUGCGCUCCAAGUACUUGACGAUGUAAUCAUGACACGAUGGAAGGUUCUACCGCGGGAACAAUGCCUAGGUAUCCGCAAUUUCAUUGUUAAUUUUAUCAUCGAGAACUCGAAAUCCGAGGAAAAGUUAAGAAGCGAACGGGCGUUCUUGAACAAGCUUAACCUGGUCCUUGUUUCUAUAUUGAAACAAGAAUGGCCGCACAACUGGCCAACCUUUAUCAACGAAAUUGUUUCAUCAUGCCACACAAGCCUCUCUAUCUGCGAAAAUAACAUGGCUAUCCUCCGGCUGUUAUCUGAAGAAGUGUUUGAUUUCUCUCAAGAUCAGAUGACGUCCGUCAAAGCAAGGAACCUGAAGACAUCCAUGACACAGGAAUUCUCGUCAAUUUUCCAACUGUGUUCUGAAGUUCUUAAUACCGCAAACCAACCGAGCCUAGUCAAGGCUACAUUAGAGACGCUUCUACGAUUCUUGAACUGGAUCCCUCUUGGGUAUAUUUUCGAGACGCCGGUCAUAAAUACUCUCCUGACCCGAUUUUUGGACGUCCCCGAGUUCCGUAAUGUGACCCUUAAGUGCCUCACAGAGAUUGGUGGACUGCAAAUUGGGCACCCAUACAACUAUGAUGAGAGACUUGUUCACAUGUUUACAGAGACUCUGACAACAGUAUCAAAAAUAAUUCCGUUGUCCAUGGACUUGAAACAGACCUAUGCAAAGAGUAACUCGAGGGACCAAGAGUUUGUGCUCAACCUGGCAUUAUUCCUUUGCAGCUUCUUCAGCGCGCAUCUCAACGUCGUUGAGAAAUUACCCAACCGGGAUUAUCUCACGCAUGCUCACUUCUAUCUUAUCCGGAUUAGUCAAAUCGACGAUAGGGAGGUGUUCAAAAUCUGUUUGGAAUAUUGGACUAGACUAGUGCAAGAGCUUUAUGAAGAGAUGCAGCAACUGCCGAUUACAGACAUCAACCCCUUGGUGAGUAUGGGCGUGAGUGGUCUCUCCAAUGGAGGAGCCCCACAUCCGACUACCCUUGCAAACUAUCCCCUCCGCAAGCACAAAUACGAAGAAGUUCUGUCGAGUUUGCGCACCGUGAUGAUAGAAAAGAUGGUCCGACCAGAAGAGGUUCUCAUCGUUGAAAACGAAGAGGGCGAGAUUAUACGCGAGUUUGUCAAGGAAAGCGACACAAUCCAGCUGUACAAAACAAUCCGCGAGUGCCUGGUGUAUCUCACUCAUUUGGACGUCAUUGAUACAGAAAACAUCAUGAUCGAGAAGCUGGCCAAACAGGUUGAUGGGACCGAAUGGUCUUGGGCAAAUUGCAAUACCCUUUGCUGGGCAAUUGGUUCAGUCUCCGGAGCCAUGAAUGAAGAGACCGAAAAGCGUUUCCUUGUUACCGUUAUCAAGGAUCUCCUUGGCCUCACAGAAAUGAAGAGAGGGAAAGACAAUAAAGCUGUCGUGGCGAGUAAUAUAAUGUACAUCGUGGGGCAGUAUCCGCGUUUUUUGAAGGCCCAUUGGAAGUUCCUGAAAACAGUUGUUAACAAGUUGUUCGAAUUCAUGCACGAGACACAUGAAGGUGUUCAGGAUAUGGCUUGCGACACGUUCAUCAAGAUCGCCAACAAAUGUAGAAGGCACUUCGUUGCGCUACAACCAGGAGAAAAUGAAGCCUUCAUCGAAGAAAUCGUCCGCAAUAUGCGGAAAAUUACCUGUGAUCUUUCACCACAACAGGUCCACACUUUUUACGAGGCUUGUGGCCACAUGAUAUCGGCCCAAGGGCAGAAGGGUCUCCAGGACCGACUGAUCGAAAAUUUGAUGUCAUUGCCUAACUCUGCCUGGGACACCAUUAUCGCACAAGCCAACCAAGAUCCUUCUAUUCUCCAGGACGGAGAAACCAUCAAGAUUGUUGGAAACAUAAUGAAGACAAAUGUUGCUGCUUGCUCUUCUGUUGGUACUUAUUUCUACUCCCAACUAGGCCGCAUAUACCAUGACAUGUUGAGCAUGUUUCGGGCCUCCAGUCAGCUCAUCAAUGAUGCUGUAGCGCGUGAUGGGGAUAUUGCGACAAAGACACCGAAAGUUAGAGGUCUUCGGACUAUCAAGAGGGAAAUCCUGAAACUUAUCGAUACGUACGUUCAGAAAGCAGACGAUAUGGAGAUGGUCAACGCGAACAUUGUUCCACCGCUUCUUGAAGCUGUUCUAGUGGAUUAUAACCGGAACGUACCCAACGCGCGCGAAGCCGAGGUCUUGAGUGUUAUGACGACAGUCAUCCAAAAGUUGCACAACCUAAUGGAGGAUAAGGUGCCUUUAAUUAUGGAGAGUGUUUUUGAGUGUACAUUGGAGAUGAUCAACAAGGAUUUUCACGAGUUCCCCGAUCACAGGAUCCAAUUUUUCAAAUUAUUGCAAGCGAUUAACCUCCACUGUUUCCCCGCCUUGCUUAAACUAGACGCCACGCAGUUCAAAUUCGUCAUCGAUUCUUGCAUGUGGGCAAGCAAGCACGAUAACCGUGAAGUUGAAAACACUGGUCUCACAAUGUGUCUUGAGCUUAUGAACAAUAUGGCUGAGACCGAUGUACAAACGGCGAACAUCUUUUUCCGUCAAUUCUAUAUCCCAAUCUUGCAAGAUGUAUUUUUCGUUCUCACCGACAGUGACCAUAAAGCGGGGUUCAAGUCUCAGGCUGGGUUGCUCUCACGAAUGUUUUACUUUAUAGAAGCCGGCAAAAUACAGGAUCCCAUCUACACCCCUGAACAAGCACCUAUCGGGACCUCCAAUAGAGAUUUCCUUCAGAAAUAUGUGGCCGAUCUCUUACAGACUGCCUUCAAAAACCUCCAGGAAAUUCAAAUUAAACAAUUCGUCAUUGGGCUUUUUACUUUCAACGACGACUUCAACAAGUUCAAGACACACUUGCGCGAUUUCCUGAUCUCCUUGAAAGAGUUUGUCGGUGACAAUGCUGAACUUUAUGCGGAGGAAAGAGAACAGGCUCUGAAGGACGCGAAGGCUGCUGAACGUGACCGUGCAAUGAGGGUUGGAGGACUGCUGAAGCCGUCAGAGAUGGACCAUGAUGACGAACUAUGA